AUGCCAAACACACCGAUUCCACUGUAUGUCCCAAGAGCUGCAAGGGUUUUUCCGCUGAUGCAGGGUUAUGUGACGUUUUCCGAGCGGACCCUGAUAUAUCAUUUUGAUGGGAAUAAAUAUUUUUUGCAAUUACCGCGUCGGAUUCUACAGAUGUACCCCUUGAACGUCCCGUUUCAUUUGAACUACGUUGUGAUGGUCUUUUCAAAUUCGAUCACUAUUAAUCGACUUCUUCUGAAAGAUAACGUCCUUGAAAACACAACGAUUUAUGUGCUCUCGACACUUGUCGACAACGUUCAGGACUUUUCCGUUUCAAUUGUUAACGGCGUGUUACGAUGCUUGUUAUUGUACAACUAUUCAUUCCUCUUCGCUUUUGAAACAACACCAAAUGUUUUGAGGAAGGAGAAUUUACUCGAGAGCGAGACUGAGUACACCGCAUCCAACAAGAUCAAAGAAGACAAAACAAAAGGCACAACAAAUCAAAAACCAAAGGAAUCCCUUAAGACAUCCCUCAGGUUCCUUCAAAAACGAUUUGUCUGUGUAGCAUCAAGUAAAGUCGAAUACAUCGGAAAUACUGAGGGCGUAUUCAUCGUGUCAGACACAGCAGAAUUGAAGGUCGUCAGCAAAGAGGUUCCCGUGAAAAUCACGGCUGGGAGCGUCGUCUUUGGGAACCAAAACGCGAAGGAUAAUUUGGCGAUUAUAACGAAAAACGCAGUCAUCUUUGGCGAAGUCAACGAGACGGGACUGAAUGAAAUAGCAAGGAAGGCUCUUACAAAACCCGUGAAAUCAUUGUGUUGUGGAUGCUUUGAAAAUACAUUAUUGGUUGCGUGCGGAUUCCAAGACAAAACGAUGUUAUAUAAAUGGAAAACAACUGUCGCCGAAGAAGAAUACCCCAACGGAAAGUUGACACUUGCAUAUUCAUUCUCUUUAAACGAAGACAGUCUUAUGCUUGUCGUCUCUGGCGAAAGCGUCUCGGGCAUGUACGAACUACAACUUCAAAGAGAUGAAAGUAUUAUGUUACCACUCCUCCCUAUCUCAGACCGAACACUCAACUUGGCGUAUGAAGAACAGAAAAAAGCGGAAUUCACUAAAAAGUUGGUUGCUUACAAAGAAAACGAAAAGGCAAAAGCAGCAGAAUACGUGAAAAAGAGUAAAGAGGAGUUUGGAGAAGGACUCCACCAAUCCGUCGAAUCCCUUAACUCAAGUUUGAGUCUUGACGAGCGUAGUGAGGAAGACAGACUUCUUAAUGUUCAGUUGGAAGUGCCCGAGAUCGAACAGUGUUACUUCGAUAUAUUAUCAUCAUAUAUGAAAGAGUACGAACAAAUCAACCAAUCUCUCGACGAAGCAACAAAAUUGGUGAGUGGUAUUAAUGAGCUUUUCGGGAGGUUCGACGAUUCCAUGUCACAGUUUAACGCACUCCAGACAGUCCUUCAGUCAAUUUGA